UUCCUCCUCCACACACCUCACUCUCUCCCUCACCUCACCUCUCUCUCCCCUCACACCUCCUCCUCCUCCCCUUCCAGUGCCAGCAAACCCAUGGGAAGGGCUGAAAAUGUCCAAGUCACGUGCGUAGUACACCCUGCCAGGAUCCUCCUCCCUCUCCCACAGCCCCCCUCUUCCUACUCCCCCUCCUCUUUGCAAUACGCCUCCUUCUCCUCCCUCUGUCCGGCCUUCUGCCCCUGUAUCUUGGCUGGGAUAUAGACCACCAGCAGAUUGGGUGCCAGUCACAGGGGCGGAACCAGCAGGGGGAGGAGCAGGACGAGGGGGAGGAGCGGUGAUAGUUCCAUCCAUCCCUCUCGUUGCCUGUCCCCUUCCCCAUGACUCUCCCCCUGCCUCUUCCAAUGCCUCCCCCUCACCCCCCAUCAUCCUACCACGCUCACUCUGUGCCCUACUCCAUAUCCCAGUCCGCCCGUUCCUCAGCCAUCGGCUCUGCUGGGGCAUCUGGGGCAUCUCCACUCCCCUCCCCUGCUCUCUCACCGCUCCCCACCGCUCAUAAUCUUCUCUUGCUGCCCCCCAUUGCCCUCCCCCCCCUCCGUUUGCUCUUCCUAGUGCUCUCUCCGAAUCUCGAAUCCACCUCUCACCACCUUGCCCUCUCGCUACUGUCCUUGCUCCCACCCCUGCUCCCACUCCUUCCACCCUUUCUCCCACCCCCACUCCCACUUCUCGCAUCCCUCCUCCCACUCCUCCUCCCACUCCUCCUCCCAUCCCUCCUCCCGUCCCUCCACCCACCCCUCCUUCCUCCUGUCCCAAAUCACCAUUAUCCCCCCCCCCACCACUAUCCUCGCUAGUGUCAGACUCACUCAUCUCCGACAGUCCACUGAGCGUGAAUGCACUCUCUUCCUCCUCCGAAUUAGUCACCUUUGCCCGGGGCCUGAACGCCUCUGGGAACAGCAGCAGGAGGAGGAGGAGGAGCAGGAGCCGCAGCAGCAGCAGCAGCAGCAGCAGCAGGAGGAGCAGCAGCAGCAGCAGCAGCAGCAGCAGCAGCAGCAGCAGGAGCAGGAGGAGCAAGACUAGGAGACGGAGUUACUCGGCCAUUAGCC